AUGAGGCUCAUUAACGUCCAGACCCUGCAGAUCGAGGAUUUCUCGCUGAAGCUGGUCCCUCCAUACGCCAUUCUCUCGCAUACUUGGGAAAAUGACGAAAUCACAUUCCAAACAUGGUGUUCGCCGUGGCAAUGGCCGUUGCUAAGGAUGCGAGACAACAAAAUCACACGGACAUGUCGGCUCGCGAAGGAGCAUCGUCUGGGAUACGUAUGGAUAGAUACUUGCUGCAUUGAUAAAACGAACAGCGCGGAGCUCAGUGAGGCCAUCAACUCCAUGUAUAGAUGGUAUCAGGAGGCUUCAAUAUGUUUUGUCUACUUGUCCGACCUUCCAGAUACUGCAGAUCUGCAUACCGGCUUUGCACGUUGCCGCUGGCACAAAAGGGGCUGGACAUUACAAGAGCUGAUAGCCCCAAGACGGGUCGAAUUCUACGACCAGGCAUGGCGUCCUCGAGGAAGUAAAAAAGAACAUCAGGAACUUCUAUCGAAAUGCACGGGGAUUCCUGCCCCCGUUCUCUCGGGCGAACGGCGACUAGAUGCAUGCUCCGUCCGCGACAGGUUGUCAUGGGCAUCACAUCGCGAAACCACAAAGCUGGAGGACGCUGCCUAUUGUCUUCUUGGGAUUUUCGACGUCCACAUGCCUUUGAUAUACGGGGAAGGCCAAAAUGCGUCCUACAGACUCCAAGAGGCUAUCAAAAGUCGUUACAAACAGAGGUCCGAGUCGGCACAGACCCAUACAACACAGCAUUCUCACAGUACUACCUGCCGCUCGGGAGCAAAAUCCCCGACUUUAGCCAUGUGCGUUCCACCUGAAUUGAUAAUCUCCUGUUUCAAGGCAGAUCUGUAUCCCGCGAAUCUCAUGGAUCCGAAGAAUGCUAGGCAGCUCGCGCCACACAGAGAGAUGCCCGAAAGUGCCAUUGGUUAUCUCUGCGACGAUGACCUCUCAUCCGUGCAUGUCAGGUUUGCUGAUCUCCACGCAAACCGCGGCAAUUAUAGUUACCGAAAUGUAUGUGAUGAAGUAGGAUUAGCAGAGCAGCUAGGCGAUGAAUCGGCUCUGAUGCCGCCUGGAGAGGUCAUAACAAGGGCGGAUCCACGAAGCAGGUUCAUAUUCCUUGUGGCGUCUUCUCAAGCCAAUGCCCUUCGAAUCACGAAAAGAAUGCUCUUCCGCGUCUUCACGCACCAUCAGGUGCCGGCGCAGCAUCUGAACUUGCUCUUCUUGUUCACCCAACGCAAUACCUUGACCGGGGUCCGACACGAUUCUUUCUGGGGCCAACUAGCCUUUGGAAAGCCGCUGCCGGGAUUAGAGGCACCCGACCUUGGUAGAUCUGGCAGGCAUUACGAAAUUUCCUUUAAUCUAAAGGGCGCCGACCUCGCAAAUGUUGGCUUUCGUGAUCCUGCCCGCGACUGGUCUAUAUAUAAUGCCGCGAUAUAUCAUAAGCUGGACACCGUUCACGGCACGACCGUCUGGAUAAUCACCACUCCUGAGGGACAUCUCAGCCAUUCUGUCACAAAAGCGACGUUCGACUCUGAUGACAUUGAAAGACGUUCAUCUGGAACCCCUGCUGAAAGCUACAUUUCGAGCCUCAAAGUUCAUACUACCCUUGCACGCUGGGCCGGGGAGUCGUGGUGGGCCUAUUUCCAGUGUUUAGGGGAACUCGUUCAAAACAAGGCAUUGCUUUCCCCAGACUUCUUGAAAACGGUCCAAAGUUAUGGAGAGAGAGUUUCAGAGGCUGUCGCCGCACUAGAGACGAAUCUUCGGAUACUACAGGCUCUUCGCACCUUUUACGAGAAGUUGAUCGUUCACAAAGAGUUUCCCUUCGCACAUGAGGUAGUACAAGCCACCCUAGACUUCUACAGUGAGCUGCAGGAUAUAAUCCGUGACUUUGAAGGCUUGAUAUCAUGGGGGGCCCGACUCACGAGUUUGGCUAGAGAACGGAAAGGGCUGGUAAUUCACGACAAACCCCAUUAUGCAGUAAAGGCUAACAAGAGGUCAGAUAAGGGUGCGGAGGAGGUGGUUACAUUGCGCAUCCUCACCAUGGUGACGCUCGUCUAUUUACCGGCAACGUUCGUUUCAACCUUUUUUGGCGCCGACGUUAUCCGUUGGGACCCGCAAUAUGGGGCCGGAUCGUAUUCACCACAAGUACUCUGGCGGUGGCUCGUGAUCACUGGGCCGUUGACCUUCAUAACUCUAGUCGCUGCCUUCGGGGCUUACUGGCUAUCAAUGCGGUCUCGACAUCGCGAGUUAUGA